AAGGCGAUCGCACGACUUCAUGGGCAGAAAGAAGAAAGAACAGAAAGAUGCUAAUCAUCUCAGAUGCUAGCAGUGAGAAAGAAGCAAGCAGGCCACGAAAAUACUUUCCAGAUCUCAAUGGCAAAAUAUGUCUUAUCUACAUCAAAAACAGGGCAAUCGGAAAUGAGAAACCUUACACAUUUGAACGGACGACGGAGCAGCUCCUCAACCUCAUCUAUGCUGGAAAUGUGCGGCAGUCAGAGCGUUUGGUUUCCAUAGUAACCACGGAAACACGCUGCCAGGAACAAUAGGUAGUACUGGCUCGCGCGUUUAUUACAGACAUAAUCAUCCGAAUAUUAGCCUGUAUUAGCAUGCACUAUGCUUAGUUAGAAGUAAAUUUGUAAGACUUUCUCAAAACUAGUGACAGUAGUUUACUUGAUACCAGUAGUUGCCUGGGCUGUAUUGAAUUACAAAAAUGUAGCCAGUGCACAGCAAUGUGUGUUGUGUUCUUGAGCGUCUCUUGCCUACUGAAUUUUAAUAGCCAACAAAUUGGUUAGCUAACACACUGAGGAAAUGUAGGUCAACGUAUAUAUCAGUUACUAUAAAGAAUAGCUAGCUAAUGCUAGAGUUCCUUUUUUUGGUAUAUAACUUUCGUAGCUUGCAGAGACAGCAGCUAUAAGUUCUCUAGCAACAAGUAACAAAUAAACAAAGUGAACUGUCUGAAAACCUAGGAGGACAGUGGGGGUUGUAACAAACAUAGGGGACUGGGCAAGCUUGCCUUGGCACACAUUUUUCUCUGGGGAAAAUGUACCUUAUUCAUAAAACAGAAAGUUGAGCUCACAAAAUGAUUAAAGUCAUAUGAACACUAGUGUUAAUCACUGGGAGAACAGGGGGGCGUGAUCAUGACAGCCCUGGGACCUGCUGGGAUAGGAGUGGCGGACCUGUGCCAAGAAGGAGACAAACUCUUAGAGACUGGAGAGUUGGGGAAGGCCACUGCUCUGUACAUAUCUGCCUUCAAGAGCCAUGCUGGAUCCACCAUGGGUCACAUGCGAGGCCUAGGGGGUUCCAGGUUGGCUAGGGUGAUCUCCACUCUGGAGACCUGGCUCAAUGGUCAUGGGGAGAUCCAGGCCUCCAUGGAGGGCCUCAACAAAGGCCUGGCAGCUGUGUUCCUAUCAACACUGAGCCCAAACAAUGUGUCUGCCUCUCUUUUCAAAAUGGAGUCCAUACUUCAGGGUGCUGGUCAGGGCUGUGACGAGAUUGUUGUACGCUGCUCAGCUUUGCUCGAAGGAAAGCAAAACCCAUGUCGAGAGGGUUCCACUUGUGUGGUUUUGGAGUUAACUAGAGCCCUCACCUGCUUACUCUCUGACCCCCACAGUCCCAAAGGCCCUAGGCUUUAUCUCAAGGCUUUCCAAGACAAUAAAUCAGAGACUGUAAGAAUGGUCAAGGGUAGACAAGCUCAGCACCUGCCCAAGAUAGUGAAGGCCUUCUCUGAGCAGAUUUUGCCAAAAAAUACUGAAAUGAAGUCUAGGGAGAGAGCGAGUGAGGUCAUCGACAUUGUAGCAGAAUCUGCCUCUGAAUUCCUUGAGUUCUUAAUGGCUGUUUCGCCAGGUGACACACAUGUGCAAGAGUUGCAAGCAACCUUCUUAUUUUCAUUAGGCAAGUUCGAAGAGAGCGCAGAUGUUUAUUCUGUUGCCUUGCAGGAUCAUUCACAAUCACAACCAAAGUCAGGUACAGGCAAGGUGGUUAAGGGGAUGCCAGCAGAAAGAAGAGCCAGUCUCUUGACCUGUAGAGCGGCCGCCCAUUUCUCCACAGGGGGGCGAGCCACGGAGUCAAGCCGGGACCUUGGUGAGGCUUUUGGAGUCCACCCUGCCACAGCACGACUGCAGUUCCAGAGGCUCUUCGUGGACCAGGGGACAGGAGCUGCAGCCCGCAUGCAACUGCGUCAGCAGGCAGAGAGAGGACUGUUGGGGUACAGGGAGACAGUCCUGGUCCGUCUUGACCUGCGGUCCUCUGAGGGCGUGGAGCUGCUGGACCCAGUGAUCGCCCAGCUCUGGGCGCUGUGCCACCUGGAGCCCAACGGGGGCAGCAGAGAGUUGCGGGUGCGGCUGGCCGAGUGCCUCCUCCUGCGGGGCGAGUUCCGAGAGGCCCUCUCCAUCUGCAGCCAGCUGGCGACCAACACAAACUCCCACACCCAGCAUAGCUACCAGAACACAGUGCAGGUGCUGCACGGCUACUCCCGUCUUCUCUCAGAUGACCACAAGGGGGCCCUGGAGGACUUUCAAACGGUGAUCGAGCACAAGGCACCCCACCCUUCCAGCUGUGUGCGGGCGCUGUGUGGCAGGGGCGUCCUGCGCAUGAUGGGGGGCCUGCACUACCUCACAGCCCUGGACUAUGUGACGGCGAGCAGGUUGCAGCCCCAGGACACUGCGCUGACCGUACGCUGCUUGGUUCCCUGGAACUGCCGCGGGCUGCUGAUCACCGUGCUGUUGGAGCAGGCCAGGGUCAUGCUGGAGGAGUGGACCGUAGAUCACAGCUCCAGCCUCAGUCCCUUGGAACAGCAAGAGCACCAGCAGACCAAACAGCUACAGCCUACGCAGACAAAAGAUGGCUACAAAGAAGGGACACCAGUUGGAGUCCACUCUCUGGCUGUUUUGCUGAUGGAGUUACAGCCCAGUGCUGACGCUCCUCAGAUCCUGGUGGCUGAUGCCCUGUACCUGCUGGGCCGGAUGGAGGAAGCGUAUCGCUUGCUGUUGGCCAUUGGGCCCACUAGCCCACGUGCACCCAUCCUGGCCCGCCUCACCCUGCUACAACUGCACCGGGGCUUCCUUUAUGAUGCCAACCAGCUGCUGAAGAAGCUGAUCCAGUGUGGUGAUACGAGCUGCUUGCGCCCCCUGCUGGCCGUGGCGUCUAAAAAGGACCGGCUGCUGCUGCAGGGCUACUGCCACUCUGCCUCCAAACGCAUCCUGGAGGGCCUGCAAGGCGAGUGCACCCUGAGGCAGGCCGUGGCCUAUCUGUCCAUCGCCAUCAUGGCCUCUGGAUGUGAGGCAGCAAACUCAUUGAUGGAAAGGGCCAGGUGCUAUGUCUUGUUGGGCCAACGCAAGACGGCCAUCUUUGAUUUCAGCUCCAUCUUGAAAGAGCACCCUGACCAUGUACAGGCCCUCUGUGGAAGAGGCUUCACCUAUCUCAUGCUAAACCAACAGAAGGAAUGCACUCAGGAUAUACUGGCAGCACUUCAAAUAAGCAUGGACGCCGUGACCAAAGACAUCCUAUCGCUCAAAGAUAAGGCAAGGAAACUGGUCUGUGAUUGGCUGCAGCAGUACUGCCGGACCAACCUGUCAGAGAUCCUGGCGGCUAAGUCCGUCCCCUGCCAGGAAGAAGAGCUUCGAGAGGCCUUUCUAAUUGGAGGAGUCCUGAUGAGGACUGACUGCCGAGACACCAGAUGUCAUCUCCUCUACGUAGAUAUACUACUGGCCAAAGGUGAGGUGAAUUCAGCAGGAGCUUACCUGGCUCAGGUGUUUGGCCAGGAUCCCCGGGAGGCUGCAGCUCAGGCCAGGGUGGGCGUGGUGGAGGCCUGGCAGCAGAAUUACCGCAGAGGCAGUGCCAGGCUGAGCAAGCUGACCGAAAAGGAACCUCUACUCUGGACUUCCUCAGCCCAGGAAGCAGGCAGUGUCUCGGCGAGUGGCCAUUGGGAGCAAGCCCUGGCACUUCUGACUGUGGCUGUGCGAGCUGCGGCAGAGCUUCGACCGCAGUUCCUGCGCCAACGGGCCGCUUGCCUCGCCCAGCUCGACCUGCAUGAACGGGCUGUGGCCGACCUGGACCGGGUCAUCCAGAGCCACGGUGACCCCUCCGACGCUACAGUCUCCGGAGCCCCAGAAGAGCCUCACGUCUGGGCAGAUGACCUGUGUCAGCGAGGCCGCAGCCUGGUGCUGUGCUCCCACGAGGGGCCCGCCCUGGACGACUUCAGCCGGGCCCUGGAGCUCCACCGGGGCCAGGCUUUGCAGUGUGUGGAGGCCGGGCUGGGAAGGUCCUGCCUGGCCGAGUGCUUCCUGCGUAUGGCCCUGCAGCACUACGGAGAGCAGCAGCUCAGUAAGGCCUGGAGGUUGACCGAGAGCGGCCUGUUGGUGGACAGUGAGCACAUGGAGCUGCGCAGGCUCAGGGCCAGGGUCAAGCGGGAGCACUGCAGCCCCUGCAUUGUACACUAGAUUAGUGCACCUUUGUCCCUUGAGAUACCAUUGUACUGUACUUUGGAAGAAACCCUUCCAAGUAAAGCUCACUUAAAGUAACCCUAUGACAAUUUGUUUUUAUGUACACUAAACCUCAGUUGAUUGCUACCGUGAAAAUAUUUAGAAUGUCAAAGGGGAAGCUGCAUUUAUAUCUUAUUCAGAAUGAGGGCUAAUAGAAUAAUGAGCAUUUCCCUUGGGUAGUAUUUUUGUAAACAUGGAAAAGUCAUAGAAUUUAUUUGUAAUAUGUGAGUAUUUUGCAAUCACAUUCCUGACAUUUAAUAGGAAAUGGCGUGGAAACAAUGGAUAAUCCCUGGUGCUUACUUCAAUUAAGUAUACUUGAUACCUGGCCUAUAUGGUGCCUUGUGGUGGUUGAAAGAAACCCAAAGGAACAAACAAGUAACACAGGUUAUUUCUGUGUAAUUACGUUGGACUAUUUUACUACAUAACUAGUAAGACUGUAAAGAUGCAACUACACACAACAACUUUUGUUUUAUUUUUGUGUAUUUUUGAAUUCAUGUGUAAUAAACCAAAUGUCUUCGA